UUCGGCACCAACGUGCAUUAACGGUCGAUUCUUUCCUUCUUGUUUGGAUUUUUCUUGCUGAAAAGAGUAUACGCGAUACCUCAAUACACGCUUAUCUCUAAUACCCUGAACAACCAGAAAUACGUGACAUUAGUGAAUCCUUAUGAUCUUCGAUAUGCAAAACAGAUAGGACGGUGGUGAUAGUGGUGAUGGUAGUAGACACCGACGAAGAGAACAAGAGAACAAAGAGGAGGGGAGGAAGGCGAGGGGAAGGAAGUGGACGCAGGUAGUGAUGGUGCACAGAGAGAGGCUGGGUACACAAAGACAUAAUACAGCUACAAGAAAAGAGAAGAGAAGAAAAGAGGAGAGGGAAGAGCUUCGGGUUUGCAGCAAUCGGCGCACGCUAUCCCGCGCGCUUGCUCGCGCGCGCGCGUUCUUUACAAAACAACGCAUCUGAACAUUCUGAACCCAUCGCUGAACGCGUCUCAACAGUUCGGCACGAAUUCACAUUGAGUUAAUUAUCCUGACGGACGUACGGGUUUCAUCGCGUCGCCGCCAUAUUGGCGGUUUGAUAUAACACGCACUAAUAAGUUCAGAUUGAGUACGAUAGUCAUCGUAGUUGACACGCCGAUUUCGUCUUUGUUGUAUGUUGAUACUACGAAUGUGCCAUAAACAGCAGAGUGAUCAUGUCAUAAUAUUCCUUGAUAACUGCACUUAAUAAUACACAAACGUUCAGUGAAAUCUUUUAUCGAAUAAACAUAAACUGGAAUUUAUGCAUUUUUUCUUCACUUCAUGUUGUCUGCAUUGAAUAAAUUGUGAAUUGUAGUUUUAAAAAUCGUUGAGUGCAACAUCGACGUUGGAUCAUUAAUCACUAAUGAAGAGCGAACUUGAAACUGUUUGUACGUGUACGAUUAGUAGAAUCUACUUCUGUUCAUGUAAAGUUAAUCUUAUGUUUUAUGGAUUGUGUUACUGUUUAAUAUUUCAUUUAUGAUUGUAAACCAGUCGAUCAGUGAUUUAGAAUUACUAUAAAUGUGCGGAAUGUGUGAAAUGUUUAUUCCAAUUCAUUGAGACAUAUAUAUUUUGUUAAUUAACAAAUGUGAACAAUUAUUUAAAUCAGAAUAGAUCUUUGUUAAUGAUCUUGUGACAAUUUUAUUGUUAAUGACAAUGUCUAUGUUAAUGAUUAUAUUUACAGAUUGGAAAUGAACAAUUCAUUGGAUCAAGACUUUCAGGAAUUUCAGUUUUCUGAACAGAAAGAGAUUUGUAACAGUGAUGGAAUAGAUAGUUUGGAAGCAUUUGAUAAAGGUGUGGAGGAUAGAACGAUAUUUCCUUUGCGACUAUCGUUGUUCAGUUGUGAAAUUUGCAGAAAGCAGUAUACGACAAAGAAACAACUCCGUACUCAUAUUCUCACACAUUUAGGAAGUCCACGAGUAGUGUUGAGGAAAGUUACAAAUUUCAAAAGUAUCACGAAGACACAGACCGAUACCUAUUGGUUAAAUCCAGAGGGGAAUGGUUCUCUGAAAUUAACACUAAAAAAACAGAAUUCAAGUGAACAUUUGAAACUCAAGCUCAGAAAGUCAUCUGAAUCUGAAGAUUUCACUGUUGUAAAGAGCAACAUAAAUCUGGAAACAAAGGAUCACAACCGAGACGUGGCUGAAGGAAUACAAAAUGAACCAAGACAUGGGAAAUAUACAGAAGAUUCAGUUGAUCGAUCGUUUAAAAACGUGAUGGUGGAACAAGAGGAUGGCUAUGAGAGCAUUAAAUUUACUAAUGAGGACCAUAAUACAUUGGAAGAAAAUGAUAAGCACACCAUAGAUGUAAAUGAGGGUGAUUCGGGUGUAGGAAGUGAUAUGGCAAAUCCAUCUGAAAAGGAGGAUCAAAAUGAUGAUUUACAAGCUGCAGAUCAAUAUGACAAUCCAGAUAGAAGAUUCUCUGAAACUGAAGAUCAUGAAGAGUCAGAUGCAUUGGAAGCGACAUGUAGAGAAACAAUUGAAAACUUGAAAAAACUUGGUGAACAAUCUGGAUCUAGAUCUAUAAAUCAGUUAAUUGACAAUUCAGGAAUUGAUAAUGAUGAUGACAGAGAUUCAGAAGCUAUGAUACACGAUUUAGAAGAAAAUCCGGCUAUUAGUAUCAUUUCAUCGAAGUCUUCAACAUUUCCAAAUCACGCUACGGAUUGUGCAAGAAUGUGCGAUGAUGAUGAUAAAUCUGAGGAACUAACAGAAAGUUCAUCUGGUUUCAAUUGGAAUCAACUAUCUACCAAUUUAUCAAAUAAGAAUAGUGAAGGUUCUAAAGAUAAUGAAGAUCAAUCUGAUAAUGGAGACGAUAAUAACAUUGAAAAUGCUGGAUCCCUUUUACAGAACUUGAUUGAACAUCAAAGAAAUAAUCAAAACGAAACAUUAUCAAAUAAUUUAUCAUCAGAAACUGAAUACGUUUCGCUAGAGAAGUUAGCUGAAACUGUUAAUACUUGUCGUGUUUGUAACGAAAAGUUUAAGGAUAUUGCACAUUUAGACGAGCAUCGAAACAAAGUUGGACAUUAUCAGUGCAAUAUACCCGAAUGUAGUAAUCUUAUUUUUAAUUCGCCGUUGGAAGUUUCAAUGCAUAAAGCUCAGAUGCACGGGACGCCUCUCUCUCCAAGUGUGAGCCAGUUGUCUCCUCAUUUAAAUACGAAUUCGCCUCAUUUGAACCGGAAUUCACCCCAUUUAAGUCAAGCAUCUCCACAAUUGAAUACACAUUCACCUCAUGCAGUAUCAAUGGAAUCUCCAAACACGUCGAAUUCGCAGCAAAUAAGUAGAAAUUCUCCAUUGACGUCGCCACAUCAAACAAACUCUCCUACGUAUAACGCGGUCACUGGUGCAGCUCAACAAAUUAUACCGCCCGUUAAUUUCGAGCAGCUACCCGCGCCGGUUCAACAAUUAGCUCAACAAGUACAGCGUAUGCCACUUCCGCAAACGCAAAUCCCUCCAAGUCUUCCACCAGGUGCUAAUACAAUGAUUCAUGGCCCGAAUUACUUUGUACAACCACCGGGGAGACCACCGCUGUAUAGAGUUCCUGCCCCGCAGAGCAUGCAUUAUCCUCCUCAUAUAGGGCACCUAUACCAACAGUACGGACCAAGUCCGUAUUCGCAAAUGACUGCACCGCCACAAAUACAUCCGCAAUUGUCUCAACAAAUAUCACGUGGAAGGUAUCCUACCGUUGCACAAAGUAGUCGAGCACCGCGUGUGCCGCAGAGUGGGCCAGUUCCACGGCAACGUAUGAAACGUCCUGUACAGCAGGCAAUGCAAGUACAACAGAACAACACGGUGCUCAAACAACGACGAAUGGAUGUCCUACUGCCGGAUAGAAACGAGGAUGCAGAUUGUCAUGUUAUCGCACAACAAAAGAGAAACGAUGGUCUACCCGUUAUACAAAAUGUACAAGGUGCUACUACUCAACAAACGAGUAGAAAUGAUUCCACAAUACACCUUACGGAUUCUAUAACUCUUAGUGUUAGACAACCAGGUUCCGCUCCAGCUCAAGUACAGAAUGCAUCGGGUGUCAGCGGCAAGAAGUCCGACGCAAAGGCCGUGGCUAAUGUAUUGGCUGCCAGAGGUAUAACUGUUACUCCAGCAGCAAAUAAAAAUAAAUCAAGCGAACAAAACAAACAGCAGAUUCCUUCUCAGCAACAGAGGACUACAACUUCACAGCAGCCUUUAAAUGUUACAGCGCUCAAUCUGAAUUCUGCUAUUUCUAUCAUACCAGCUAGUUCGCAGAAGAAGCAACAAGAACAAGGCCAAUUUGCUGUACCCCAAAAUAAACAACAGAAUAAAACGGCCGUAAACGAAGUGGAGAGACCACCGAGACCUCCAACAGUUGAUUUAACACAAGACACUCCACCUCAGAUGCCGAUAGUUAGACGUGGAAGACCUUCACGGGCGAUGCUCGUUUGUCAAGUUUGCGAAAAGAAUUUCCCAAACCAAGAGAUGUUGACCCAACAUAUGGCUACACACCGUGCGUCCAAUAAACUACUCCAUAAGUGUAAUCUUUGUCCCGCCCAAUACCCAACGAUUCAAGCAUUAAUGACGCACAAACAAGCUUAUCAUAAAGAGGUAGAUACUGUUGCACAAAACGGAGGUGCAGAACUGGCGAUACCUGUUGUAGACUUGAAGUCGCCCCAUGUACUGAAUCGCUUGUCGAGUCUUGGUAUACAGAGUUAUAUACCGCUAUCGCAGCUUAGCGUGCAAACGGGAGGACACUUUGGUUUGCCGAUAAUCACGAUAGACGGUGCACGGAAUCCUAAUACUUGUAAUUUAGGUGCGCUUGGUGCUACAUCUAUUCUAAGUCUGGGCCCACUUAAACAUUUGUCAAACAGGUAACUGUGGACAAUUUUAUAUUCGGCCUAUGUUUCGUACAGUCUUUCUAUCUACGUCAUAAUUUUUCUUGUUAACAAUUACUUAUUACGAAUAUAGUUACAUUGCCUACCGCACUACAGGCCGUCUUUUAUUUUUCUUAUUUUUUACUAUGAUCCGACAAUACAUGUGAAUUCAAGUCCUUCGACACUUUCAUGUAAUAAGAGAAUUUCACGUCUUUCGUUUUUUCACAUUUUAUGUUUCGUUAUCUUUUCGGUUUUUUUAUUGACCUUAUUUAAUUUCAUUCACGUAAUUACCGUACAUUAGUUUAUGUAAGUUGGAAGCAAUACAGUAUUUGUAUCGACAGUUGAAGAUACGUUUGUGUUAUUAUAAAACUAAUGUAGAAGAUUCGAGAUAAACAAUCAUUAAAAGAAGAUAGUGUAUAUGUUGUACAUCAUUACAGGACAAAUUUUUAAUGCGCGUUCGGUUUCGGAUAAGCGUAUACUACUAGUACAUAUACAUAUAUGUACAUAUGCAUGUAUAAAUGUAUGUAUAUAUACAUACUAGUAUAUUUUUUUUAAUACAAAUAUGAAUAUAAAAAACUCAUCGAAUGUAUUGUUCGGAAAUAAUUUCCUAAAGGUACAUGAGACCCGGGAAUAAAUUAUGGUUCCAUACGUAGUGCCACGUAAUUGUUAAUGUCACCAAAAUCUGUAUAACAUUACAUCUGUAAAAGUAUUAUUAGAAUUCGUGCAUAUUAGAGAAGAGGAGGAAAAACUCUGUUGUCCAAAUUUUUGAAAGAUAUUGGUUUUAUAUAAUGAUAAGGAAAAUAUUACUUAUUUCAUAAACGACAGAAAUUAUUGUUACAUAAAUCGUUCGACUCACAUAUUGUUACGGCAAAUACGAUACCUAUUUUCAGUCCGAUAUCGGGAACAUUUAUAUGUUAUUACAUUAAAAAAAAACUUACAAAGGUACCUCAUUAUCAAAUGCAUCUGAUGUCUAAUAAUGUAUCAUGGAUACUUAAGACAACAGAUAUUACUUGAAUAAUAUAGUGUUGUUAAAUCACGUCCGAUUUUUCAGAAAGAAGAGUUGUGUAUUAUAAAACGUGCAAAAUUAGUACGAGAAAGAUAUCGACGAUUAUUUGCAUUUUUUCUGGUAAACAGUUUCAUUUCAUGUAUUCACUUUGCAAACUGUCGAAAUUAUAAUACCAGUUGUAAAUAUAUUUUGUAAAGAAAGAUUACGAUUAAAGCUGAUUUGUACUUGAACCUUUAGUAUUAUCUAACGUAAGUGAUAUUCAGCCAACAUUUAUCAUUAUAAAAUUACACGUUUUUUAUUUAUUGUCAUUCCUGUUAAGAUAUGGUUGCGUGUAAAUAAUCAUUUCUCAUAUAUUGCAUAUUUUAACGUAAGGCAAUCCAUUCCAUUUAAAUUACAGAGAUAUGCAAAAGGUUACUAAGACGGCAAGAACUGAUUUAAAAUAACAACAUUGUAUAUAUUUGUAUGAUAAUAAAAGAAAGUGAAGCAUAUAAUAAUUUUAAUGAAAUCUAUUUAGCUCGUUACAGGGAUAAUAAUGGGGCAUUAUAUUGUUCUUGGUUUAUAAUAAAGAUCGUAAGUUUAACGGAAAGCUAAAUUCAUUGUUCAGUUUUUAAGUUGAUUUUACUGUUGACUUUUGUUUAAAGAACAUAAAUGAAGUGCAAUAAAUCUUUUUUCUUUA